AUGACCCGUGCUCUCAACGCCAAAAACAAAUUAGUUUUUGUUAAUGGCACUCUCCCCCCACCCGAACCUACUUCUACAGAUUACAAACAAUGGAAUCAAACUAAAGAUAUGGUUCUCACUUGGCUUCUCAACUCCAUCAGUCCCUCCUUAGCUAACUCCCUUGAAUUUCACACUGAUCCUCGAGAAGUGUGGCUUGAUCUUCAGUCCCGUUUUUGCCAUGGCAAUAAUGCCAGGAUUUAUCACCUCAAGCGUGAGUUAUCAUCUCUGCAGCAACACACCCAGUCUAUUCAUAACUAUUACAAUCAAAUCAGGCAAAUAUGGGAUGAACUCAGCCAUUUACAAAAAACCAACGAUCUGAAAGAAUUACAGCAACAAUCUGAAGAUGAGAGAGAAGAGCAGCAACAUCUCCUCCAUGUCCGACCAACAAUGACGUCGGAAGCAACCCAUGUCUUCGCCGCUCACUCUGGUGGUCCUCCAAAGAAGCCCCUGCUCUGCACCGAAUGCGGCAAGCACGGCCACACCCGUGACCGAUGUUGGCGGAUCAUUGCAAGUCGCGAGCCCCGCGGCAAACAGCCGUCUUUCAUCCUUGGCAAACCCCCUUCCUCGUCACCCAUGGUCCACCAAGUCUCUGCCUCCUCUCCGAUUCCCGAUUUAACGCCCGAUCUGUACCAGAGGUUACUCGAUUUGCUCAAGCCGCCCACUCCCACCGCAAACUUCGUCGGACCUGUACUCGACGAGGUUGAUUGGAGCGGGUGA